AUGCCUGCCCAAAAGCCAUCCAAGUCCAAGAAACCAGACCAGACGAUGAGUUUAUCGGCCUCCUCGUCAAGCAAGAAGGAUCAAAUAUACAACACGGUCAAUGUCGGCCUCGAUGUAGUGGCAAAUAUAGCCGAAGCAUCAGAUACACUCGCCCCUCUAAAAGCAGCUUGCCGAACGACAAAGUCAAUUCUCGAACUCAUACAGGCGAACAGUAACCAAGAAGAUUGGAUCGACCUAAUAGGACGUGUCAAGGGGUACAUGUCCAUACUUGAGCAACAAAUCACUCUGUUUCAGGCAUGUCCGCCAGAGGAUCUUAGAACUGUCAGCGAGGCUUUCAGCCGGCCGCUCAUCGGCUAUGUUGAAGCACUCGAAGACAUGCACGAUACAGUCGCCAAUCUGACGGAAAAACGCAACCACCGCAAAUUUCGCCUCUUCAAAGCGUUCAGCAAAGUGAAGAUUGAUUCGGGGGAGAUACUUAGACUUAACGUAGCGGUUGAGGACAAACAUAGGCAGUUCAUGGCCGCGUUGGGUGUUUUUACCGCAUUCCGCAUUCAAGCCGUUGAGCGAAAUACCAAGGGUAUCAAGGCCCGCCUGGAGGCUGCCAAGGCCAAUGUAGAAGACGCCAACGCCGAAGCUACCAAAGCCGUCAUAGAAACCACUCGGACAGAUCACGAUACCUCUGCUAUACUCCAGCUGCCAAUGGUAGCAUUCGUCGCGUCCUCGAUCCACAGUACUUGCCUGCAAGGAACGCGGGAGGCUGUUCUUCAGAUAAUACGGGGGUGGGCAGAGGAUGCCGCGUCGCAGAAGCCGAUAUUUUGGUUGUGCGACAUAGCUGGCUCCGGCAAAUCCACAGUAGCAAUGUCGGUGGCACAAGGUUGGAGGACGGAGGGAGUGCUAGGGGGUCAGUUCUUCUUCUCGUUGGCGAGUACCGAAGCGUCGACGACGGACAAGUUUUGCUCGACCAUAGCCAGGGAGCUCGCCCAGCACAUACCUGAACUCGCGCCGCAAAUCGCAGAGGCUGUGAAACAGAACCCUGCCAUUAUGCGGAGCUCCUUAAAAGACCAACUCCAAACACUGAUCCUCGCACCACUCCUCCAUCGAGAAAAGCGGGUAAUUCUUGUUAUCGACGCCAUUGACGAAUGUGAAUCCGCUGCGCAGCGAGAGGAACUUCUCCAAACACUUGCUAUCACUGCGCGAGAAGCAAGUCAUCUCAAGAUAUUCAUCACAGGGCCCCUUUCAAUCAAGACCGAAUUGAAGGACCGCCUUCACGACAUUAGCCAUCAUGAUAACGUUGAGGAUAUUGCGACGUACGUACAUCAAUCGCUGUGUGAUGUGCUAUCGCCAGCCGAGCGGCAGAGGCUAGCCGAAAAGGCCAACGGGUUGUUUAUCUGGGCAAGUACUGCCUGUCGAAUACUCAACAACAGCUCGAGGUCUCCUGAAGGUACAUAUAAUCGUCUGAUGUCCAUGAAUCAGGGUGGCACGCCGUCAAUAUUGUCGCGUUCUCAACAGAUUGCUCGAGGUUUAUCUGGCUCCUCCGAUAACGCUGCUCGACUAUGGGAUGCGGAUACCGGAAGGGCAUUUGAAGAACCGGAGUGA